UUGGGUCGUUUCACUUGGAGGCCAAAGCUUCCCAGGCAAAGGGGCGGUCCUGUGUGAGAGGGGCCCGCGGAGCCAUUUGAUUGGAAAAGAGAAGCUAAGGUUGACCAAUCGGAGGGAGCCACGCUUCGGGCAUCGGGCACCGCACCUGGACAGCUCCGAUUGGUUCACUGCGGUCCCCCCCACGAGUCCCCAUUGGGUACAGAGGGUGCGUGGUGCGGCACCAUUGGUGGGUUCGUGUUUCCCGUCCCCCGCCCGCGAGAGGCUGGGGUGAAAAGCGGCCCGACCUGUUUGGGGGGUAGUGGGCGGACCGCGCGGCUUGCGGUGUGAGGUUCUGAGCCCCGUGGUGGGAGGUGGAGGCGGCUCCAGCGAUCAAAAGGGACUUGAGACUCUCACCGGCAGCGCGCCAUGAGGGCCCUGUGGGUGCUGGGCCUCUGCUGCGUCCUACUGACCUUCGGGUCAGUCCAGGCUGAUGAUGAAGUGGACGUGGAUGGUACAGUGGAAGAGGAUCUGGGCAAAAGUAGAGAAGGCUCAAGGACAGAUGAUGAAGUUGUACAGAGAGAGGAAGAAGCUAUUCAGUUGGAUGGAUUAAAUGCAUCCCAAAUAAGAGAACUUAGAGAGAAAUCAGAAAAAUUUGCCUUCCAAGCUGAAGUUAAUCGAAUGAUGAAACUUAUUAUUAAUUCAUUGUAUAAAAAUAAAGAGAUUUUCUUGAGAGAACUGAUUUCAAAUGCUUCUGACGCUUUAGAUAAGAUAAGGUUAAUAUCACUGACUGAUGAAAAUGCUCUUGCUGGAAAUGAGGAACUAACUGUCAAAAUUAAGUGUGACAAGGAGAAGAACCUGCUGCAUGUGACAGACACCGGUGUAGGGAUGACCCGGGAAGAGUUGGUUAAAAACCUUGGCACCAUAGCCAAAUCUGGAACCAGCGAGUUCUUAAACAAAAUGACUGAGGCACAAGAAGAUGGCCAGUCGACUUCUGAAUUGAUCGGCCAGUUUGGUGUUGGCUUCUAUUCUGCCUUCCUCGUGGCUGACAAGGUUAUUGUCACGUCGAAACACAACAACGAUACCCAGCACAUCUGGGAAUCUGACUCCAAUGAAUUUUCUGUGAUUGCUGACCCAAGAGGAAACACCCUGGGACGGGGAACAACAAUUACCCUUGUUUUAAAAGAAGAAGCAUCUGAUUACCUUGAAUUAGAUACAAUUAAAAAUCUCGUCAAGAAAUAUUCACAGUUUAUAAACUUCCCUAUUUAUGUGUGGAGCAGCAAGACUGAAACUGUUGAGGAACCCAUGGAAGAAGAAGAAGCAGCAAAAGAAGAAAAGGAAGAUUCUGAUGAUGAAGCUGCAGUGGAAGAAGAAGAAGAGGAAAAAAAACCAAAAACCAAAAAAGUUGAAAAGACUGUCUGGGAUUGGGAACUUAUGAAUGAUAUCAAACCGAUCUGGCAGAGACCAUCAAAAGAAGUAGAAGAUGAUGAAUACAAAGCUUUCUACAAAUCAUUUUCAAAGGAAAGUGAUGACCCCAUGGCCUACAUCCACUUUACUGCUGAAGGGGAAGUUACCUUCAAAUCCAUUUUAUUCGUACCUACAUCUGCUCCUCGUGGUCUGUUUGAUGAAUAUGGAUCGAAGAAGAGUGAUUACAUUAAGCUCUAUGUGCGCCGAGUAUUCAUCACAGACGACUUCCAUGACAUGAUGCCCAAGUACCUUAAUUUUGUCAAGGGUGUUGUGGACUCAGAUGAUCUCCCCUUGAAUGUUUCCCGGGAAACUCUUCAGCAACAUAAACUGCUUAAGGUGAUUAGAAAGAAGCUUGUCCGUAAAACUCUGGACAUGAUCAAGAAGAUUGCUGAUGAGAAGUACAAUGAUACUUUUUGGAAAGAAUUCGGUACCAACAUCAAGCUCGGUGUGAUUGAAGACCACUCAAAUCGAACACGUCUUGCAAAACUCCUUAGGUUCCAGUCUUCUCAUCAUCCAAGUGACAUUACGAGUCUAGAUCAGUAUGUGGAAAGAAUGAAGGAGAAACAAGACAAAAUCUACUUCAUGGCUGGGUCCAGCAGGAAAGAGGCUGAAUCUUCUCCAUUUGUUGAGCGACUUCUGAAAAAGGGCUAUGAAGUGAUUUAUCUCACAGAACCUGUGGACGAAUACUGCAUUCAGGCUCUUCCGGAGUUUGAUGGGAAAAGGUUCCAGAAUGUUGCCAAGGAAGGAGUGAAAUUUGAUGAAAGUGAGAAAACUAAGGAGAGUCGUGAAGCAAUUGAGAAAGAAUUUGAGCCUCUGCUCAAUUGGAUGAAAGAUAAAGCUCUCAAGGACAAGAUUGAAAAGGCCGUGGUAUCUCAACGUCUGACAGAGUCUCCUUGUGCUCUUGUGGCCAGCCAGUAUGGGUGGUCUGGCAACAUGGAGAGAAUCAUGAAAGCUCAAGCCUACCAGACGGGCAAGGACAUCUCUACAAAUUACUAUGCCAGCCAGAAGAAAACAUUUGAAAUUAAUCCCAGACAUCCCCUGAUCAAAGACAUGCUUCGACGAGUGAAGGAAGAUGAAGAUGAUAAGACCGUUUCAGAUCUUGCUGUGGUUUUGUUUGAAACGGCAACACUACGGUCAGGAUAUCUGUUACCAGACACUAAAGCCUAUGGAGAUCGAAUAGAAAGAAUGCUUCGCCUCAGUUUAAACAUUGACCCUGAUGCAAAGGUGGAAGAAGAACCCGAAGAAGAACCUGAAGAAACAACAGAGGACACCACAGAAGACACAGAGCAGGACGAAGAAGAAGAAAUGGAUGCAGGAGCAGAUGAAGAAGAACAGGAAACAAUAAAGAAAUCUACAGCUGAAAAAGAUGAAUUAUAAAUUAUACUCUCACCAUUUGGAUCCUGUGUGGAGAGGGAAUGUGAAAUUUAAGUCAUUUCUUUUGGGAGAGACUUGUUUUGGAUGCUCCCCCCAGCCCCCUUCACCCCUGCACUGUAAAAUGUUGGGAUUGUGGGUCACAGAAAGAAGUGGGUUUUUUAGUUGAAUUUUUUUUUUAACAUUCCUCAUGAAUGUAAAUUUGUACUAUUUAACUGACUAUUCUUGGUGUAAAAUCUUGUCAUGUGUAUAAAAAUAAAAAAGAUCCCAAAUACUA